GCAGGUUUACAAGACGAAGGAAGACACUGGUAUUAAUUCUCUAUCUAAGUAAUAAUUUUGAUAUUUUAACGAAAAUGACGGGCGUCAAAGAAAGAACUGCAGAUUCUUGUGUUGAAGAGAAACAAGAUGAAGGGAAAAUGGCUUCAGAUAAGUCGUGCAAAAGCGAGAACGAUGAGUCUGUUGAAAAUCUUGCAAACAAUUUGUCUGCCCUGACAAUAAAACGGGAACCUGUUGAGGACAAUGAACUUCCAGAGAGUCUGAUAACCCCAAAGAGUUCCUCCAAGGGAGAGAACUCAACAGUUGAUUAUGAGACAAAGAAGGAGGUGAAGAAAGAAGUUGUUACAGAGCCUUGCCAGGAAAACAGUGCUUUAUUAACACGAGGACCGACCCAUGGCCUCGCAACAACAAACAACAUUCAACACAUGGGCUACAACAAAGGAUACGGUUCACAGAAUGCACAAACAUUCAAAGAUAAAAAACGUGGAAGAGAAGAUGAUGGUAACGAUCCACCAUUACGAUAUUUGCGACCAGGAGAAGAACAAUUUGAAUUUCUGACAAAAGACAACAGUUCACUUGGAAUGAUGGUUGUAAAAUCACCGAAUAAGGAGGUCACAGAUCUGAAAUUCCCGUCGCUGAACCAGGACGACAUUCUUGAUAUGGUUGAUCAACAGUAUAAUCCAUAUCCCCCGAACAACAGUGGACAGUACAACAUGUCUACUCACAGCUACAACACGGCUGUCUUCUCCCAGAAUGUCUACCAGUCACACCAGACAGUGCUUAGCCAGAGUGUCAAUGGCAAUGUAAAUGUGGUCAGCAACCAACAGCCGCGACCAAACAGCAUCGACCAGAUGUAUGGCCGACGUGAACCAUACACGAGCGAGUCAGAGUCAGAGUCAGCCAAGAGUCCAUACUCCGAUCAGCUGUAUUCACCUGAUAAUUCGAGUGUGAAGUCUAUCAAUUCUCCGCCACCAUCAAAUAUGUCUAAUGACAGUGGUAUCAUUGGUGAUUUGGCAGUAAAUAGUCCACAUGAUAAUACUUCCCCAGUCUAUGACUCGGCCUUACAGAACACUUACACUCCAUGGGAUGAACAGAACUCACCAAGUCAAAUCUCCAACCAGUCGAUGACUUCACCUCCACACAUGAGCGGCUCGCAGGGAAUGUCACAAGCAGGGUCUCCCAGGGUGCAACAGGCAGGAUCUCCCUUGAUGCAACAGGCAGGAUCUCCCUUGAUGCAACAGGCAGGAUCUCCCUUGAUGCAACAGACAGGAUCGCCCAUGAUGCAACAGGCAGGAUCUCCCUUGAUGCAACAGGCAGGAUCUCCCUUGAUGCAACAGGCAGGAUCUCCCAUGAUGCAACAGACAGGGUCGGCCAUGAUGCCUCAGGCUGGAUCUCCCAUGAUGCAACAGACAGGAUCGGCCAUGAUGCAACAGACAGGAUCUACCUUGAUGCAACAGUCAGGAACUCCCAUGAUGCAACAGGCAGGAACUCCCAUGAUGCAACAGGCAGGAUCUCCCAUGAUGCAACAGGCAGGAUCUCCCAUGAUGCAAUCAGGGCCAUGCCUAGCUGGUAAUGCCAUGAUGCCCCAACAAAGCCGACCUCUCAACAUUUCAUCGUCACAACCAUCUGUAGGGUCCCUAGGUCUGCCAAACAUAGUUCCUAGUCAGUCAAACUCUGGAGUGUCCCUGACAACGUCACAGCAACUGGCUGGACAACCAGGCAUUCUAAAUCCUGUCUCUAUUCCAUCCCAAUCUGCUGCUCCUCUUAUGACAUCACAACAGUUUGCUAGCCACCACGGAAUGGUUAACUCUGUAGCUCCGACAUCCCAUGCUCCAAUGAUUUCACAGUUGCCUGGACAUAUGGGGAUGUCUCACACCAGAGUCUCUCAGCCCAACCUGGGGUCUCCUCAGAUAUCACAGGCGUCUGUCACCAUGUCCCAGAUGAUGUCAUCAGGACCGACGAUGAGACAACAGAAUGUCCAGUACAUGCCAUCACAGACAACAGCACCCCAAGUCUCCAACUCUCAACUCAUUAAUGAACAGAUUGAUGAAAAGGAACUCAACAUUGUCAUGGAAGUUCUGGCUGAUGACAUCAUUGAAUCUAAUAAUCAGAAGAAGAUGCAGAAGAACCAGACUAGCAAUAAGGGGAUGAGUGUUCCGUCCAUGGCUCCCCCUCAAAACAUCGUCACUGGUCAGCAUGUCCCACAUGUCACACAGAACAGAAACCAAGCUCCUGGUAAUAAACCAUUACAGAACAUUCAGCCUGUGCCAAACAUCAUGACCACUACACAGAACCAGAAUCGUAUUCCUGUUACCUUAGUAACAAACAACAUGAUCCCAAUGGCAGCACCGAUGCCUAUGAACUCCAAAUUACCAAUUACAACUGCCAUGACUACACCAGUUCUGCCACAACAGCCAGUCUCCCAAGCUCAAAUGGUGUUGAUGCCUCCGGGAAACCAGCAAGCAGGAAAUGGAAUUCAGGCCGCGGGGAACGUGGUCCAGCCUCCACCUAUGAUCAUCAUACUAAACAACCAGAAUAUGAACCAGACUGCUCGCAGUAAACCACAACCUGCCAAGGCAUUAAAGAAAAUUCUCCCCAAGCCUGGUACGUCCAUACCUGACAGUUCAAAGCCAGCAAACACAGCUCCUGUGAUGACUAGAAAUCUCAAUGAGCCAGGAACAAGGCCUGUCGUCCCAAAACCUGGACAGAAUCCGCAAACUAUAUACAGACAGAACCUGCUGAAUAUGGCCAGACGGACAGUGGCCGAUAUAUCUCGGGACCGGCUCAGAUACCAGGAUGAUGAGGGAGACACAUAUCUUCACGUUGCUGUAUGUAAGACGGAUGCUAGCAUGGUCCAGGCUUUGAUUGAACGACUGUGCAGAGAGAAACUUGAGGUUAUGAUUGAUGCUACGAAUUGUAAGAGACAGACACCUCUUUACCUAGCUGUGGCAGCCAAUCAGCCAAUGAUGGUCCAUAGUUUGGUUGCCCGGAAUGCCAACCCAUGCUCAAUGGCUCAGGUAUAUUCAAAUGAUGGCAAGACACGAGAAGUGAAGACGCCACUACAUGUGGCUUCAUCUAAUGGUCAUACUUACCUCUCAACGCUCCAGGAACUCAUCCGAUCUCCCGCCAUCAACCUCAAUAUUGUCAACUCAGAAGGUCACACAGCUCUACAUUGCGCCAUCCUUGCCCACAGACGUCAGAAUAAGAAUGGACAGUUCAUUGACAGCGUCCCUAUCAUUGAGACUUUACUGAAGGCAGGGGCUGACCCUACAUCACAGGACAAGAAAAAUGGAAAAACUCCUUUGAUGUAUGCGAUUGAGAAACGUGACACUGCCCUUGUGGAGAGAAUGCUGAGUAUGUUUGAGUCCGGGGAAAAGCUUCGUAACAUUAUUAAAUUUCAAACACUAGAUGGCAGUACAUGCAUAAAGAUUGCCGAGGGCCUGAAAGCGGAUUUUCAGCCCGAGAACUGGCAGCGGCUUUUGAAUACGCUAAACGCUGCUCUCAAUGGUGACCCCCCCAGAGUGAUGAAUGGGGUAAUGUGAUUACCAAGUUGUCUCCCCUGUCUCUGAAGGAAUAGUUUUUGACAUUGGAGUUGUCUCCCAUGUAUGAUUAUUGGAGUUGUACAUUGGGAGUUCUUUCCCUUGGUAUACUUUUCCAUCAAUAGAGGGAAGCAUCAGUGCCUGAAUACCAAAGCGACGCAGCUUCGAGCUAGUCCGACCAUAAUGGUUAACUAUUCAGAAAUUGUUUUAGCCAUCAGACAGAUCUCGACGUACAGUUUAGCUGAUUGACAAAAACAUUGUUCAACAAGAUGUACAUCUUCAACAAUAUAUGUUGUACUGACAUCGAGACAGAACAGGUGAACUGCUGCCUCUGUUCAAUAUUCUGUAAACAGUUUGGAAUUUCGUCCGCAGUCUGGUCAGACAUUUCACCAGUGAAGUGUUAAAACUUGUUAUGGUACUACUAAAUCUGGACUACAGUAAGUCUGUAGCUUCGUCCGUAGUAGUACCCAGACCCUGGUCAGGAUUUGUUUUUUUGUUCUUUGUUUAAAUGACAUUCAGUGAAUUUUUUUUUCAUAAUUGUCGGUUAAUAACAAGAAAUAAAAUAAUCGUAUAUAUAAAAAUAUAAAAGUGUCUACUUAGCAAAUUUGAGUUAAAGAGACCAAAUACAUCCCAGAGACUUACGAUACAACAUACGUUCGUUAGUACAUCUGGGAUACAUCAUUGGAAGUACAACACUGGACUUCAACUUUGUGAAAAAGUACUUGUCUUACUGAUCAGUAUCAACUAUUUAUUACAUUUUUAAUUUGUAGAAUAGUACUUGUCUAAGUAUUUAAUAAGAUUUUUAUGUUGAAUUGUUAUGUGUUAUAAUUAUUGUUGAGAUUUUAUUGUUGAGGCUUUUGAAGUUAUCAGAUUAAUUUGGAUGAAAACCUUCCAAGAAAGGCUGACCUGAAUUUGAAGUGCUCUUGUAGUAAGUUUUUGAGAUAAAUUCUGUGAUUGAUAACAAUAAAAGUGCUAAGAUCUUUUGUCAGUAAAAUGCAUGAAACAGAGACUGAAGGUUGUAUGCUACCUGACUAAAGUAUGUUAUAUAUCUUCUUUGCAAAGAAAUUCUUCAUAUGUAAAUAUAAUGUGUACAGUUCUUAGAUGUUUAAAAAAUGAUAACCUUUGUGAAAGUUACACAAGAAUUGAAGACACAUUUGAAAGGUACACAAGAAUUGAUGACACAUUUGAAAGGUACACAAGAAUUGAUGACACAUUUGAAAGGUAUACAAGAAUUGAUGACAUGUUUCAAAGGUACACAAUAAUUGACAACACAUUUCAAAGAUACACAAUAAUUGAUGACACGUAUCAAAGGUACACAAUAAUUGAUGACACAUUAGAAAGUACACAUAGAUAAAAAAGUACACAGAUAAAUAGUGCUAUAUUAAGAAUCUAUUCGAUAUACCUAUAAGAGAUAUUAGUAGCUAUCCCUGAUUGAACAAUUAAACAUUAAAAAGUUUAGUUUGACUAAUGAUAUAGGAUUGGGGCUGUGAUAAGAAGUUAUAUGUGUUAAAUACAGUAUGGGAGCAUUUUUUUGACGUAUUUGUGCCAUUAACAUUGGUUUUUAAUAUAAAAAUUGUAUAUUUUAUGUGAGAUUUUUAAAUUGUUUCUUGGUAUAUAAUGACAUUGUAUUAAACAUGUUUCCUUGCUCUGAUGAAGGUUUCAAUGCUGUAGAUUACAAUUUAUGUAAAUAUAUAUUAUGGUAACCCUUUUGAUGCUGGUAUUUUAGUUCAUAACAUGUUUCUAUGAUGAUGUAGCUGUUUUGGUUGUUGUUGUUGUAGUAACACAAUUAGGUAUUUUGUUUGGUUGUUAUGGUAACUGUCACUCUCAUGGUAACAAGCGUACAGACCAAACCCAGGAUAAAGUCAACAAUGUCAAGCGUAGAAACUAAAAAUCAAAAUUAAGGAAUCAGUAUUACAUUUAUGACAUUAUUAAACUAGGAAGUAGGUGGACAAUUUAUUUAUAUAGAGAUUUGAACUGCAACAGUUCCUUUUAUUUGUAUUGUUAUAGAUUAUAUACAGAGAUAGAGUAUAACAUUUAUUUUAUGUAUAAUUAAAUUUUUAAUGUUUAAAACUGUUUUUUUUCUCAUUAUGAUAUAAAUAUUUAUAAAAUGAUUUAUCUUAGACUAUAAUACAGAUUCUUUUUACUGUUGUAUUUGUCAGAAACACGUUAUGUAGUAUGGAAAUAAAUCGCCGGUAUUUGUUUAAAAUCCAUGAUUAUUAAAAUAUGUCAAUGUCUCACGAAUAUUGUAUACAUUCUGGAUCAUAAACUUUUAUUGAAGAGCUCACAAUAACAUCCCUCUGUUUGUUCUUUAAAAAUGACGUCUUGUUUGAUAAUUAUAAUCUAUACACUAUUAAUCUUUUUAGAAGUCUUUCUCCUAAACAAUCGUCAGAUGUGGUGAUGUAGUUAAAUUUGUAUUACCCCCAUAUAGAUAUUAUACAAGGGGAGAUCCCGUGUACUGUUUGUAUUACUAAAACCACAGGCUGGGAUAAUUUAGUAGUUUAUAAUAUAUAUCUCUUGUUUUGUUUAUCCCUAUUAUAAUUCUAUUUUGUUUUCAAUACAUUGUAUAUCUCUAUUUAAAAACAAAACCCUAUAGGUAAAAAAAUGCUAAAUACAAAGACUGUUGGAAUUAAGUGCCUUUUAAAAAAAUUGUCUAAAAUAGAAAAGUUUCUAUGUUUUUAAUUUUUGCAUGUUUUGAAUAUCGGUGUAUCAUAUUUUGUUCAGUACUGUAUUUAACUAAUUAAGGACAUAAACCCUUAAAGCUCACAUAUUUUUUUCUGCUAGAGACCUGUUUACUGAAUGAAAGUCUAAGGGUAAAGAUGACCAUAACAACAUGGUGCUGGGGUGAAAUCCACUGGAUCAAAUUUAAUCAUGUAAUUGACUAGUUUCGACACUUAGGCUUGUUGUCAACAUCUUGUGUUCCUUGUGGAAUCCGUCGGCUGGGUUACACAGAACCACACCGAAAUGUUUACGUUGGAUAUCCCACCUCCAAUAUAUUAUUGAAAGUCUGUAAAAUGUACUAUUAAUUGUGAUCUGCCAAUACAAUCCUUAAUUACAAUGUAUACUGUACAUAUACACCAUAUGUCUUAUGUCACUGGUUCCCUGUUCUCGCCACAACUCCGUAAAAUGGCUAAAAAUAUACGAGCGGUUUUUAUUUACAUCAUUCAUAGACAUGUAGGUACAAGUAUGUUGUGUUCAACAAUUAUUGAUAUGAUCAUUAAUCACAGGGUCUUUCAGCUAAAUAAUAUGCUUGAAAUAACAAUUACGACACCAGCUGCUUUCUGUGGAGGACCGUGAGGACAGGGAGCCAUGAUGUAUAUAAUGAUACUGAACAACAAUAUGAUACAUGAGGCGGACAGGGAGCCAUGAUGUAUAUAAUGAUACUGAACAACAAUAUGAUACAUGAGGCGGAUAUACCUUUCCUUAUAUUCAUUACAUUUUCUAGAAGAAAAGUCAAUAGCCCCGUGUUUUAUGAAACUAUACUACCAUCCAUUGUAUGGACAAAUGUACUCAAACUACAUAAUUGUACACCUGAAUGUUUCUACAAUUUCAGCAGCACACAAACACAUAAUUGCCAACCCCAGAUUUUGGUUUGGGACCAUAGUUAUAGUCAAAAAUUAUCAGGAGAAAUGCUUAUAAUUUUUAAAAACCCAAUAAGUUCAGAAAAAUGAGCAUCACAUCUAAAAAGGUCUGUAAAUAAUGUCUCCCAAAGAAUUCCCUAUAAAUAAUGUCGCCAACAGAAUUCUCUAUAAAUAAUGUCUCCCACAGAAUUCUCUAUAAAUAAUGUCUCCCACAGAAUUCUCUAUAAAUAAUUUCUCCCACAGAAUUCUCUAUAAAUAAUGUCGCCAACAGAAUUCUCUAUAAAUAAUGUCGCCAACAGAAUUCCCUAUAAAUAAUGUCGCCAACAGAAUUCUCUAUAAAUAAUGUCGCCAACAGAAUUCUCUAUAAAUAAUUUUCCCCACAGAAUUCCCUAUAAAUAAUUUUCCCCACAGAAACUUCUAUAAAUAAUGUCCCUCACAGAAACUUCUAUAAAUAAUGUCCCUCACAGAAACUUAAAAUAACUAGCAACCUUUGAGGUUCUGCAUUUGCAGGAAAAGGAAAUUACUAUAGACUGAGAUUAUCAUUAAACUGGGACCAGCUAUGUUUGACUUAACAAUAACGCCACAAUUGUUUGACAAUUGAUCAAUGAUCCUCUGUCCUUUGUCUUGUUUGACAAUUGAUCAAUGAUCCUCUGUCCCUUGUUUGACAAUUGAUCAAUGAUCCUCUGUCCUUUGUCUUGUUUGACAAUUGAUCAAUGAUCCUCUGUCCUUUGUUUCGGGUGUGUUAUGUAUCUUUCAUGUAUUGUUUACUUAGCAUUUUCAAAUGGAUGUUUGAAAUAUAAAAAUGGCAGCAGAUUUCUGUGUAAAUACACAAGCUGUAUAAAUAAAGCGAAUGUUGAAUUUUUA